GAAACCUUUGAAAUUUGUGUCAUCUCAAUUUUUCCGACGAAAUCGAAAGCAAAUGGAUCAUCUUUCGAAGAAGAAAUGGGCUUCGAUAAUCUCCGUUAUCGCUUCUUCUCUGUUUUCGUUCCUCAUCGUCUUCCAGAUUCCUCUUUUCAGAGUAGCGUGCAGGAACAAGAGUUGUGAAACACCAUUAGAGAUCAUAUCCUCUGAGUUGAUUGCUAGUGAAUUGAUUCCUUCUUCUCUUGUCAAGACCCUCCUUUAUCCUGGUGCCAUUGCCAAGUCUCUUUUCGCUGGCUCCAAAAUCCCCAGCUACCACCAGUUGCUCGAGUUUUACAGUUUCGAGGACAUGUUUCGAACCUCCUUUGCAACCGACAUUCAUCAUCUAGAGGUUUGCGUCUUCCAUUCUCUCCAUCCAUCUGGUUAUAACAACACCUUUUUAGUCCAACAAUGUCACAAUGUGCUUCAGGUGUUUGCUGGGAGUUGUUUAUGUCUACUUGGAGCUUUACUCAACCUGUUCAAACCCACAAGAAUAACCUUCAUUGGAACGCUUUUGAUAUCUUGGGGUCUUAUCCGAGACAUUCUUCUACUCGACUCCGCUCACGAUUGGAUAAGCCCCCACAGAAACUCUGUUCGUGUCUACCCAACCCUCUUUCUUGCUUCACUUUCUGCAUUUCUCUCCAUGCGAAGCGACGUCAGGAAGAUCAUCAGAUGUUGUACAUCUAUGCCCCUUUCCAAAUCCUCUAAAGGAGACUAGGCUUCUGCUUCACUAACUUCAUAGAUUCCAUGACGUAGAAGAACUCACUUUAUCUUUAGACAACACAGAAACUGUUAUUUUCUGAGACAAAAAGCUUCUGUAACUUUUCAUCAUGAAUAUGCAAUCAAGGUUCACUUUUUCU